GGAGUUGGCACGUACAACAUGGCAGCCCAGUGUGACUGGCACCAUAACUCAUACAAUCCAUGGGCUGUAGGAGCUGGCACGUACAACAUGGCAGCCCAGUGUGACUGGCACCAUCACUCAUCCAGUCCUUGGGCUGUAGGAGUUGGCACGUACAACAUGGCAGCCCAGUGUGACUGGCACCAUAACUCAUACAAUCCAUGGGCUGUAGGAGUUGGCACGUACAACAUGGCAGCCCAGUGUGACUGGCACCAUAACUCAUCCAGUCCAUGGGCUGAAGGAGUUGGCACGUACAACAUGGCAGCCCAGUGUGACUGGCACCAUAACUCAUCCAGUCCAUGGGCUGUAGGAGUUGGCACGUACAACAUGGCAGCCCAGUGUGACUGGCACCAUAAUUCAUACUAUCCAUGGGCUGUAGGAGUUGGCACGUACAACAUGGCAGCCCAGUGUGACUGGCACCAUAACUCAUACAAUCCAUGGGCUGUAGGAGUUGGCACGUACAACAUGGCAGCCCAGUGUGACUGGCACCAUAACUCAUACAAUCCAUGGGCUGCAGGAGUUGGCACGUACAACAUGGCAGCCCAGUGUGACUGGCACCAUAACUCAUCCAGUCCAUGGGCUGUAGGAGUUGGCACGUACAACAUGGCAGCCCAGUGUGACUGGCACCAUAACUCAUACAAUCCAUGGGCUGUAGGAGUUGGCACGUACAACAUGGCAGCCCAGUGUGACUGGCACCAUAACUCAUACAAUCCAUGGGCUGUAGGAGCUGGCACGUACAACAUGGCAGCCCAGUGUGACUGGCACCAUCACUCAUCCAGUCCUUGGGCUGUAGGAGUUGGCACGUACAACAUGGCAGCCCAGUGUGACUGGCACCAUAACUCAUACAAUCCAUGGGCUGUAGGAGUUGGCACGUACAACAUGGCAGCCCAGUGUGACUGGCACCAUAACUCAUACAAUCCAUGGGCUGUAGGAGUUGGCACGUACAACAUGGCAGCCCAGUGUGACUGGCACCAUAACUCAUCCAGUCCAUGGGCUGAAGGAGUUGGCACGUACAACAUGGCAGCCCAGUGUGACUGGCACCAUAACUCAUCCAGUCCAUGGGCUGUAGGAGUUGGCACGUACAACAUGGCAGCCCAGUGUGACUGGCACCAUAAUUCAUACUAUCCAUGGGCUGUAGGAGUUGGCACGUACAACAUGGCAGCCCAGUGUGACUGGCACCAUAACUCAUCCAGUCCAUGGGCUGUAGGAGUUGGCACGUACAACAUGGCAGCCCAGUGUGAGAGCCACCCGCACUCUCACUCGAGACACCCCGGGAUAAUAAUAACACAAGUGACCAACCAUCUGGCCGGCAGUGACCUACACAUCAUACAAAAUCCCCCUUUCUGGGCUGGGAGAGCCCUUUAUUGUCCACAUGACAAAGCCCCCGCUCCGGUUCUGUUUGGGUCACUUCCCCCUUGGCUCUAGGGGACCCCUGGGAGCCACAGUCCACUUAUUAAGGUGCAAAAUUCAUUGUCACAAGUGAAGGAUACGGUGAUUGGCAGCGGGGGGCAGUUCAGCACACUGUGGGCAGGUUACAUGGGCGCCCCCCCAAGGAGAGUUCCGUGCAACCCACGGGGCAGUAGGGAGCAAUCUGUAUCACUGCAGCCCCCCGCUGCUCAGUACCAGUCCCCUCAGC